GCUGGGGAGGGAGGGCUAUGCUAAUGUUGUUGAUAUCCUGGGGCCACCCGAGUUAAAGGGGGGAAAUCUGGGGGCUGCCACUGCUGCCACUGGCCCUAGCCCAGCCGGGGAUCCCCCCCUGUAGUCGCCGCAGUCCCGGGGAAAGGCGCCCGCCCCCUGCUCUGGGGGGAGGGGGCGCCGCGGGCUCGGGGAGCACGGACGGCCCCUACCCAUGAGGCCCUGAUGGAAAACACAAAGGAUCUGAGUCGGAAGAGACACUAGAAGUCACCCAAAGCAGCCGCCCCUGUCCAGCUUCUGACGAGUGGGUUUCUGUAAGCCUCCACUCAGAGAUGUGAUGAUCACUGCAAUUAAAAAACAGAACAUUCUUCACAAUCCAAAAGAAAAAGCAGACUUGUUCGGGAUGUUUGACGGCUAUGAUAGCUGCAGUGAGGACACAAGUAGCAGCUCCAGUUCUGAGGAGAGUGAAGAAGAAGUUGCUCCUUUACCGUCCAACCUCCCAAUUAUCAAAAAUAAUGGACAAGUCUACACAUACCCAGAUGGUAAAUCUGGCAUGGCUACCUGCGAGAUGUGUGGGAUGGUCGGUGUACGAGAUGCUUUUUACUCUAAAACGAAACGUUUCUGUAGUGUUUCUUGUUCAAGAAGUUAUUCGUCAAACUCUAAGAAGGCAAGCAUUCUGGCCAGACUUCAGGGUAAGCCUCCAACAAAGAAAGCAAAAGUCCUUCAGAAACAACCUUUAGUUGCUAAAUUAGCUGCCUAUGCUCAGUAUCAAGCUACCUUGCAAAAUCAAGCAAAGACAAAAGCAGGUAAUUCUGCUAUCUCCGUGGAAGGCUUCAGCUGGGGUAACUACAUCAACAGCAAUAGCUUCAUAGCAGCUCCAGUUGCCUGUUUUAAGCAUGCACCUAUGGGGACCUGCUGGGGUGAUAUCUCAGAAAAUGUAAGGAUAGAAGUUCCCAAUACAGACUGCAGUCUACCUACCAAAGUCUUCUGGAUUGCUGGAAUUAUAAAAUUAGCAGGUUAUAAUGCCCUUUUGAGAUAUGAAGGAUUUGAAAAUGAUUCUUCUCUGGACUUCUGGUGCAAUAUAUGUGGGUCUGAUAUUCAUCCAGUUGGUUGGUGUGCAGCCAGUGGAAAACCUCUCGUUCCUCCUAGAACUGUUCAACAUAAAUAUACAAACUGGAAAGCUUUUCUAGUCAAAAGACUUACUGGUGCCAAAACGCUUCCUCCUGAUUUCUCACAAAAGGUUUCUGAGAGUAUGCAGUAUCCUUUCAAACCUUGCAUGAGAGUAGAAGUAGUUGACAAGAGGCAUUUAUGUCGAACAAGAGUAGCAGUGGUAGAAAGUGUAAUUGGAGGAAGACUACGGCUGGUGUAUGAAGAGAGUGAAGAUAGAACGGAUGACUUCUGGUGCCACAUGCACAGCCCCUUAAUCCACCAUAUUGGGUGGUCGAGAAGCAUAGGCCAUCGAUUCAAGAGAUCUGAUAUUACAAAGAAACAGGAUGGACAUUUCGAUACACCGCCACACUUAUUUGCUAAGGUAAAAGAAGUAGACCAGAGUGGAGAAUGGUUCAAAGAAGGAAUGAAAUUGGAAGCUAUAGAUCCAUUAAAUCUUUCUACAAUAUGUGUUGCAACCAUUAGAAAGGUGCUGGCUGAUGGAUUCCUGAUGAUUGGGAUUGAUGGCUCAGAAGCAGCAGACGGAUCUGACUGGUUUUGUUAUCAUGCAACCUCUCCUUCUAUUUUCCCUGUGGGUUUCUGUGAAAUUAACAUGAUAGAACUGACUCCACCCAGAGGUUACACAAAACUUCCUUUUAAAUGGUUUGACUACCUCAGGGAAACCGGCUCCAUUGCAGCACCAGUAAAACUAUUUAAUAAGGAUGUUCCAAACCACGGAUUCCGUGUGGGAAUGAAAUUAGAAGCUGUAGAUCUCAUGGAGCCACGGUUAAUAUGUGUAGCCACAGUUACUCGAAUUAUUCAUCGUCUCUUGAGGAUACAUUUUGAUGGAUGGGAAGAAGAAUAUGAUCAGUGGGUAGACUGUGAGUCCCCUGACCUCUAUCCUGUAGGGUGGUGUCAGUUAACUGGAUAUCAGCUUCAGCCUCCAGCAUCACAGUCAUCAAGAGAAAGCCAGUCAGCGUCUUCAAAACAGAAGAAAAAGGCUAAGUCUCAGCAAUACAAAGGACAUAAGAAAAGUACUGAAGAAAUGACGGUGUCUUAGCUGUAAAGUUGAUAAAACAUGAAGAUGAACAGCCAGUGCGUUCCAGAAGACUUGGUAACAGCGUGCAUUUCUGUCUGUCUCAUGCAGUGACUACAUCCCAGCUAAAGGAGGAACUGCUGGAUGGAGAAGAGUAUAGCUUCCUUCAAGGAGCGUCUGACCAAGAGAGCAAUGGCUCUGCCACCGUCUACAUCAAACAAGAGCCAUGAGGCAACUCAGAAACUAUGGGUGGAAGGGGCUGUUUACAGGACUGAUUUGUAGUCAGUCUGCUGCACAGCAGGCUAUUCUACUGGGACAUUUUGCUAAACACAGAAAAGUUCAGUUCCAGAUUUUUCAGGUUGGGGGGGAAACUAUUUUGGUGGGGGGGGCAAUUUUUCAAUUUAUAAAGACAGACAAUUUUUGUGUUGUAUUUGAAGCUUUUGAAAGAAUUUUGUAAUAUUUUCCAAGUUUGGAUUUAUGUGCAUUGUUAACAAGAACUGAAAUUAUAACUUUUUUGGUAAGAUAAAAGUUUAGGUAGCAGGAUUGAAGGAAAUGAUUAAGAAGGAUAUAGUUGUAAAUGCAAAUGAACUGUCAUUACAAAUGAACCUUCUUGGUACCUGUUGGGAGAUUUUUGGAUUUUAGAGUUAGGCCAGUCACAUCUCCAGCUUCCCUUGCUGCGAAAAUAUGCAACUGAACCCCUCACAGAGGGCUCAUCACCAUGUAGAUCACGGAAGGGGUCAUUAAUUGUGCUCGCUGACAUUUUAUUGCAGCCCGUUUAACUAUUUGUACAGAAAUUUUUUCAUUCUGCUAAAAUUUAUUUGGAGUUGUAUAUGAAACUAGGAGAACUCUGGAUACUUUUAUAUGCUCUCCACGUAAAAAUGAUUAAAACUUUCUAACACUAAAGUGUUAAACUGGAAUGGUUGACAAAAUACACAGGAUCUCAGUCUACAUAAAGGGUUAGGGGAAAUUAGUAUUUUCCUAAGUUUAUUCUGUUUUCCUUGCUAGAAAACAUCCCACAAAAGGGAUAUUCUUAUCAGACCUCCGCCAUCCAUGAGAGAGCAACUCGAUGUAACCACACCCAAAAGCAGAUACUGUUCUGUAUUACCAAAAGAAUCAGAAGAAACAGUUGUUAACCAAAGUGAGUGUAGAUUUCAGAAUCAUUCCAGCUCUACUCUUAACUGUCUUGGAUUUGUUAGAAACUGAUUUGAAAGAAAAUUUUCUUAAAAUUCCAUAUACACACACAUAUUAUGAAUUGUCUUUAAUUGUAGUCAGAAAAUUGUAACAGUAACUGAUUUGGACCAUUUUAAACAUUCCCUAUUUUAAAAUUCAUACGGCUUCCUUUAAGAAGUAGGAUGAAAGGGUAAAUUGGUGACAAGUUUGCUCUCUGCAUAGUCUAACUUUCUACCAGAUUGUGACUGAAUCAGAGAGCUCUAGCAUUUACCAGUGAGGUUCAUAAACUAAACUCUCAGGAAUUCAUUGCAUCUGUUCUAGAAGUGCUUCUGGGUCUGAGCCUGGCCUCUUCAGAGUGGUAAUACUGCCCAUUUCCUCUGGAAAAUAGGCAGGGCUAAUGAGAAAGUAAUCAAAAUGAUUAACCUCUGCAGCCCUUCAGCCUAUGGAAUGCUUUAAAAAAAAAAAAAAAGAAAGAAAGAAAAAUGCUAAAGGAAAACCCCAGGAGACAUUUUAGGUAAGAUUUUUGUUUGACUUUUAAAUGCAUAGAACAUUAAAAACCAGCAAUUUAUUUUCUAAAAUAUUGCUCUACUUUUGGGAAUAAUAGCAUUGGUAAUAUGCACAGGUUUACCUCAUUCUAUGCAAGAGGGGUUAAUAACAUAAGGUUUGUAGUAGCUACUGGAAGUAAAAUGUGUUACUUUUUAGUGUAAAAAUGUAUGGAAUCGCAUGUCACCAUUUUUAAUACUGACUCUGGGGGCUAAAUGCAGAUCACAUCAAUGCAAGUUGAUUCUUGUGUCAAAUAUAUGUGAAUUCAGCUGUAAAAUUACUGGAUAUUUAUCUUAAACAACAGUGCUGAGAGGGACCUACUGUAAAUGUGACGACAUCCUCACACUUCCCAAAUCUUUGACUUUGAAGGAUCUUCCCAGAAGCUUAAAGCCUAGAAGAGGUCCAAAGCAAAGGUCAUAGCAGUCUUUAUUCUCAGGCUCAGCGGAUGAAAUCCAGGACUGUGUUUCCAUGGUACCAGUGCAAGAAGCCUGUUGUAUGGGGUGCUCUCAUUCCUUGGGUGAGGAGCCCUCCAGGGGACUAACUAUAAGCCAGGAAGGAUGUGGUUCCAAGCCAGCCAGUCCUGGUAAUCAGUUCUGUGAAAUGCUCAUCCGUAGCCAGGUUUUACAAGCUUCCAAUUCUACACCAAAACCAGGCUUGGCGUGUUUAGAAUUCCCCGCCUACAUUCAUAAAGUGUUUAUGUUCACUAACAGUGAAGGGUUGGUGAGGACUUGCUAGAGUCCAAACAGAACCCGAAGCCCUCUUUGUUAAGACCCUCACUCUCACUCCUGCUGCUAACACAGACCCGUUAACCAGAGGAGGCUUCCAUCGUAGCCAUAAUUCCUGUCGUCGUGCAACUCAGUAGCCUGUCCUCUUUCACAGUUCAACAUGUACUGCUGACCUUGGGUUUGUUUUUGUUUUCCUGUUAGAAGCCUGGGAACUUUUAGUAGUUUGAUCGUUUUAACCUUUUUCCUUGCAGUGUAUGAGGAAAGCUAAAGCUGUUAUCAACUUCUUAUUCUGCGGAUACUAACACGGGUUUUCAGUGUUUGUUUGUUUUUAUUAUUAAUUAAUUUUGUGUGAUGUGAAUACCCUCACCCAUCAAUAUUUGUAUUAUGGUGCUAUAUAUUUGGUAAUGAUCCUUUAAUAUUGGGGAGGGAUUUUAAAAAUACUGUGAUUAAACUGGGUAUCUUCCUUUGAUUUUCAUAUUUUAAAUAAAGCCACAGUCAUUUAUACAAAAAAAAAAGCAUCUGUCCCUGGGCAAACCUUUCAAGGACAGAGGCCAAAGUAAAGUACAUGAGGUUUUUACAUCGUUUCUGUGUGCAUUUGAUAUAUAGAUCAAUAUCUGGACAAAUUUAAUCUUUUAUUUUCUGGUAACUUGUGAUUAUUGAGGAAGUGUUUGAAGCUUCCUCAUGGAAUGUAUAUAAUGGCGUGAAAAAUUCCUUCAGAGAAAUUUAUGUUCCUUUCAUUUUUACCAAAAUGCAAAUUUUCAGCAUGGAUGUGAAAAGCAUUAAAAUUAUAACUUUGUGUACAAGAUGAAAAUAAUUCACUAAAUUUGCCCUUUUUUUACACAAAAUAAAAUGUUAAAGUUAAGCUUUA